AUGAGCAGAGAAUUUGUUUUUCCUUUUGACUGGAGGGAAUUUUCAAAUCUAAUACUCCAAGAGAGCAAUAAACAAACAUGUAAGAUUAAUAGUGUCAUAUUGAUUGGGCCAAAAAAUAGUGGAAAAACUACGUUUUCUCUAUAUAUUGCAAAAGAAAUUUUAAAUGAUAACAGGUGUUUAAACAAUAAUGUUUAUAUUUUAGACUGUGACUUGGGCCAACCCUUAAUAUCGCCAAUGAGUUGUGUUAAAUUAGUUAAAUGGGAUAUAAAAGAUAUUUUUAUUGGGAACUCAAAAAAUAUUAAUAUUUUGCCGGAAGUAAUGUUUUAUAUAGGGGGAAACAGUCCUAUUAUUCACCCUUUAAGGUAUUUGAAAGGGCUAAAACAAUGCUUUGAAUACAUCAGUAGUAUUGAAGAGAAGAAAAUAACUCUCAUUCUAAACAUGCCUGGGUGGAUCACCGGCGUUGGGUUAGAAAUCGCUUCAAUUAUUACUGCAUUUUGUAUUGAUGUUUCAAAUCAUGUUUAUAUUGGGUUUACAAAAGAGUUUGAGCCAAUGACUAAAAAUAAUGAAGAUAAUUAUUUUAAUCAGACAAACUUCUUCUCUUUUCCAACUUUUGACCUGAACUUAGUGAAAAAUAUUAAAAACAAGGAAUUUUUAAUUAAUAAUCACUUAAAAACAACAGUAUUUGUAAAUACAUUAAGUGAUUUAUUUUCAUAUAAUAUACAAAUAGACGAAAUAAAAAAGAAUGUCAACCCUCUUAGUUUUUUUGAUGAAUAUAUGGGAUAUUAUUCUGUGGAAAAGUGCAUUCCUCAGUAUUUUUGCAAAACUGUUCAUUUUCCAUUUAACUCUAUAUGCAUUAUUCCCUGUCCAAGUACGACCUUGUUGAGUGAACAAUUGAAAUUUCACAUUCCAGCUAGGUUAACUAAUUCAAUAGUAGCUUUAUGUAUAUUUAAUGAUGAGCAGCACAAAUUUAUUCCAGAAUUUUCUGCAGAUAGUCAAAAGUUAGAUAUAUUAGACACGAAGAUUAUUCUACCCUGUAUUGGAUUUGGAAUAGUACAUCACAUUAACUAUCAGUCAAACAGUGUUGUUAUAACUGCUCCGUGUUGGAUACCUUCAAGUACUUUAUCAGAAGUAAAUGCUUUACAACUUACUGAAAUGAUGCUUCCUCAAAAUUACUUUUUCAGUACUUCAAGACCAUAUAUUUGCAAAAAAAAAUACAUUGUCAAAGGGAUCUCUUCGGGUGGGAAAGUUCCAAGUAAUCGUAAAAAUGUAAAAAGAAAAAUACAUAAUAUUUAA